AUGGACGUGUUGACGCUUUAUAAUAUUUUAGAAGACGAAGCUGACGAAGAACUGUUGCUACUUGCAAAUUAUUUCAGGGAUGAAGAGGACGAAAUGUUUAUUGAACGAAGUAGAGAAGGAUGUUAUAAUAUUUUAGUUGAAAGACGCCUUAUAGAUAACGAAAUUAGAUUUCGUGCAUAUUUUAGGGUAUCACUUGAACUAUUCAAUUAUAUAUUAGAUUAUAUUAAAGACGAUAUAAAAAGACGUCCAAGUAACAGAGUUAAAAGACCAAUAUCACCGGAGGAAAAACUCGCUCUCACUCUAAGGUAA